AUGGCACUUUUCAGAUCGAUCUUUGAGUGUUUCGGAGCCGGCCAGAGCGACGAUAUUCCAUCUUAUCCUUCCAUCAUCGAGAAACAGAAGGGCAGUAGCAUCGCCCAACAACAAAUCAAGCCAGCCGACGAAAAGCAGAUCGCGUCCUCGAUCCUCUCGGUCCUCUUCACGGCCGAAAAGCCCGGGCGGGACCUCGAGGCCCGGCUCAAAGAUAUUGUGCACAUAGAUGGCUGGUAUGAAGGGCUGGCAAAGCGCGUUCUCGACGGUCUGGUUGCCGCGCUGCAGUCAGGCCAAGUGAUGGCUGGAGCAAUAAAGGAAGCUUAUGACAAAGCAUAUGCCAUCGCCUCUGAAUUCACGAGUGAACAUCCCGUCCUCGCUGCGGCGAUACUUACCCUUGUGGCUAUUGGGAUCCUUGUCUAUCUUGCACCAUGGGUCAUCGAGGCCUUGGGGUUUGGAGAGCUUGGACCGAUUGAAGGUUCGUUUGCGGCUUUUUGGCAGUCAACAUUCCCCGACGUCGAGGCUGGAUCGUGGUUUGCGUGGUUCCAGAGGCUCGGAAUGAGAUGGGGGAAGCAAGCGUAG